GUGGAGCGGGAGCUGGAGGGUGGCAGGCGCCAGCGCUCGGCCCUCAGGAUCCUGGUGUCCCCAGGGGCCAGCGGGCCCUGCCCCAGGCUGGAGUGCAGGGAACCUGGAGCUGUCUGCCUGCCCUGGAUCGUGGAGCGGCUGCUGGAGGGGAACAGCCUGACCUUCCUGCUGCUGUGUGUGUCCCUGCCAGGUAGCCCCUGGGACUGGGACACACUCUGGGUGCCCCCUCCCUGAGGAUUCCCCCCUUCCUGCCCCACACCUGGCACUCAGUCCCUACUGCUGCCUGGGGACACCUGCAGUCACUGGAAGCUGGACACAGCUCCACUCAUCUCCAUCACACCCUCUGUGCUGGGGGCCCCCCAUGGCCCCUGCCCAGGGCUUGCUGUUCUCCCAGACACCUCCAGAGAGGAGAUCCUGGGAGCUCUGGGACUGGCUGAGAGGGUGAAGGGGCUGGCCAAGACCAUCUCUGCCACACUCUGGGACCCUGAGGAGGAGAUCGCAGCACGCCGGAGGGAGAUCCGAGGGCUGCGCAUGGAGCUGCUGGCUGGGUCUGGGCACCCUGAGCAGAGAGCAGCUGUGGCCCAGCUGAAGAGAGCCCUGAGGGAGCUGCAGGUGGGGAAUGCCCCUGGAUCCACGGGACUGGCAUGGCACUCGUUCCCUGGGCUGGGUAAGGUGCAGGCUCUUGACCCAUCCUGGUGUCAAGGCCCUUGUCCAGCACUGAGGGCAGGGCUGAAGCUGCCCCAGGGGUGAGAUGUGUCCCUGGAGCCACACCAUGCCUGGAGGUCUGAAACAUCCCAACAAGAACCUCCAGUUCCCCUUUUUCAGGUGCUGAAGAGUCAAAGGUGGGAGAAAAAGCGAGCAGUGGCCGAGGUGCUCAGGACAAGUGAGAUGCACCACCCCAGUGCUGAGGACCAGGUCUCUGCAGGGAAUACAGCUUCAGGCCAGCAGCCUGGGACCCAGACACCCCCGCCCAGUGCCAGCCUGGAGCCAGCAGAGCUGGAGCGUGGGGCCAGGCACGCAUGCCGCAAAUGGGUGGAGGACAUGUGGGCACAGAGCAUGGCUGCACACGGACGGGGUGACAGAAGAUGCCAGGGAGGGGACAACCGAGCUCUGGCCAGUGCAGGGCAGGGGCUGCUGGAGGAGCCAUUCCAGAGCAAAGCGUCACAGCCACAGCCACGGCCCGGGUGUGGCAGUGUGAGUGGGAGUCUGCAGGGUCCCUGCACAGGGCCAGCUCUGCUGCCAGCACUGGCUCCUGGUGCCACCCGAGCCCGCUCUGCUCUCCUGCAGGCAGGGAGCCGGUGCCAGCCGUGCCCAUCCCCGGAGGUGCAGUGGGCCCUGGCCAGGGGACAGCGGCAGCGGCUGCGGGCUCAGCACUGCCGGCAGCUCCAGCGAGAGCUCGGGGCCAGCACCGAGCACAGAGGGGAGUGGGACACGGAGUGCUGGCAGCGGGAGGUGACCACGCUGGGCCUGAGCCUGGAGGCAGCGCUGCGGGAGCGGGAGGCGGCCGAGUGGGACCUGGAGGCCCUGCUGCACAAUCACCACCAGGAGAUGCAGAGCUGCAGACAGCACCUGCUGCAGGUGCUCCGGGACCAGCAGCGCCUGGCGGAGGAGCAGCGGGCGGUCCUGGAGCGCCGGUACCGGGCGCUGCUGCAGGAGGCGCUGCGGGACGCUGCGGAACUCGCCGAGCACAACCAGCGCCUGCGGGACACCCGACGGGCAGGCACGGCCGAUGCCACCUCACAGACCCCCUGA